AUGAACGAUUAAACAAUUAAAAUACUUUAAAUUACGGCAUGUUCAUUGUCUCUGGUUGGAUCUCUAUUUAUCAUUGUAAUUUAUUUCAAAAUGGGAAUGAGAAAAAACUUUGCUUUAAAAUUGAUAAUGUGUUUAUCCAUAAGUGAUAUAACAUUUUCUAUAUCCAAUUUAAUGUACAUUGAUCCAGGUAAAUGUAAUAUAUUAUAAGGAUGCAAACCAAAUUAUAAAAUCCUUUGUAUAAUUUAAGGAUUUUUAAUAUAAUAUUCUUCUCUUGCAUGUUUCCUUUUUUGCUUUUUUUUAUGUUUAUGCAUUUUUUGGACAGUGAUUAAAAAUAGAAGCAAUCUUAGCUAAUACUAAAGACUAUUCUAAUUAAUAGGAUUCUGCAUUCCAUUUUUAAUAGCCUUAAUUCCUUUAGGAACAAAAUCUUAUUAAAGUUAAUAUUUUGUAUGUGGAAUAGGAAGCGAUGAUAUGGAUGAUUAUUGUUAAUUAGUUGUUGAAAAACCAAAAUUGAUUAGAAUAGAAUCUAUUUGUUUAUUCUAUGUUCCAUUAUGGUUGCUUAAUAUUGCUGGUAUAUCGUUCAUAAUUAGAGUAAGUGUUUUUAUGACAAAAUUAAGAACAAAAUCAGAAUAAUAUUUAAAUUCAAGAAGUUCUGACUAAUAAGAAUAAUAAUUAUAUACAUAAUAAGAAUACGAGCUUAAAUUAUCUUAAAGAAUUACUUAAAAUAUGUUAUUAUAUCCAAUAAUAAUGUUAAUUUGUUAUAGUGGAAUGACUGUGUAUGCAAUAGCAAAAUUGUGCAACUAUGAAAUUACAUAAUUAAGAGGAUCUAGAUUUAUAAUGGCUGAUUGUUUAGGACUAUGUAAUUCCAUUGUUUAUGGAUAUAACACUUUAAUAAUACUUAGACUUUAGAAAAUGAUGUCUCAAUAAUAAACUUUGCCUAUGAUGUAAUUUCACUAAGGUUCUAAUGAUUCUGAUGUUAAUAGAAAAUAAUUUGAAUCAUUUCUUUCUAUAGCGACUAUUUAUAAUGAAUAAUGA